AUGCCAGAAUUUCCUGCGAUUAUAGAAAGCAUCCCCGAGUCGAUGCGAGAAAUGGACUUUUUAGACUCGUCCUACUUCAAAGAGCCUGGCAAAAGCCUCCCGACACCAGCGCAAGUGAGAGCCUUGUCAAAAGACAUCCAUAUGAACUCUCAGCCACAGCCUAUUACCUUCGAAGACUCUGGAGUCUUUGUCAAGUUUGGCCGUUAUGUCACAAUCGCAGAAGCGCAGUGUCUCCGGAUGCUCAAACGGACUUUUGGUGAUGAGAUUCCCGUACCCGAAAUCUUUGGGUGGAGAGUCGACGAGGAGAACUUCGUGUUCCUCUAUAUGAGGCUUAUUCGAGGACAGACGCUCCUGGAUGGCUGGAAUGAGCUCGAUAGCCCGGCAAAAAGCUCGAUCUGCGAUCAGUUAUGCCACAUGGUGAACCGUCUACGCCGACUUGAACAAGAUCCUUCCGAUCAGGAUUAUGUUUUCCAAUAUUACCCGGACGCCGGUCCCUUCCCAUCAGUCAAGGAUUUCCAUGACUGGUCUUCGUUCUUACCACUAUUACGGCUCCCCACCUUGAAGAACUAUAACGACCCCUACAGGUCUUUGUUGCCGGACAGUGAAGACAUUAAAUUUACUCAUGCCGACCUCCACCAAGGGAACAUCAUCAUCUCUUCUGACAAGCCAGCUCGAAUACUCGCCAUUGUGGAUUGGGCACAAGCAGGAUGGUAUCCAGACUAUCGGGAGUAUUGCAAAGCACUCUACACCUCUUCUUACAAAGAUGAGUGGCGACGAGACUGGAUCGAUACCUUUCUAAGCCCACGCUUGCAAGAAUUCCUGGUAUUCGCAGAGUACACCAUGGCAAUGGGCGCGGUGUAA